AUGGAUUGGUUAUUCUCAAUUUUGUACAGAUUAGAUGAAGACGUUUGUAAGAGUUUUCAUGUUAUGAGAAUUUUUGUGAAAUAUUGCCUCUGUGGAAAUAUUGCCUCUGUGGAAAUAUUUCCUCUUUUAAAAAAAUUUUGGCAAAGACCAGGCUGCCAAGCUGAUGGUUUACAGAAGGCGGCGCUAAAAGAAUACGCUACGACUAACGCAGUCAGGAUCUUUUUAGCUUCUAAGUCUUCUAAGUAUUAA